AUGUCUAGCGAUUUCGCUAUCUAUAUUCGAGACAAACUUUUUGACAGCAAAACAUCUGUCGACCAUAAAAUCUUACAUAGUGUAAACAAGAAAGGUGAAUUUGUUCUAAAGUUCUGUUUCUGGGAAUAUGACAAGAACCAUAAAACAUUAAGCAGAGAAGUCUUUAAGUUUGUCAAUGACAGACUUGUUGACAGAGAUGACGCCUCUUGGAGAGAUGAAGUCUAA